AAACGUCAAAACUUGAUACGUGUACAGGUUAUAAUGUUUAGAAUAUGUGUAUUUCUCCCAAAAUAUUUAUCUAGUCCUUCUUGUGAAACCAUUUUAAUUAAACAAACUAUAUGUGAAAUUUAGUAGCAGUAAUGGGCAAGGCUAUAAGUAAAAAUUUAGAGUUGUCAACAAACGAAUAUUGUGUUAGGUUUGUAGGAACAGAACCCAUAUCAAAAAAUGAUCCUUUUUGGAACAGAUUUUUGGCUUAUAACUUAAUUCCUCCAACGUCAUUAAAUGACCAGUUGUCUUUAGAAACAAGAAUUGAACCUCUUCUGCAAGCUCUAGUCAAGAACAAUCCAACCUCUGGGAAUUUUAGUACCCUUAUCCAAAUAUUUCUAGAAAGGUCAACUGAAUUAUUAUCAUCUACAUCAACACAAGCAAAUCUCUUUAACUGGCAACUGUACAACAUUUUGUUCCUGAUAAGAUGCGUACUAAAAUUUUUCACAGAAAUUCUAAGGGAAGACGAACUAAUGAAGCAUAUAGAAUUCAAGGGCAGUGGAAACACAAUGGAAGCAUUCAUAGGUGCUUUAGUUGGUAUAAUAGUUGAUGUACCUAUAGAGGAUUCCACAUAUCUAAUACACUUAGAGUCUGCAACUUGUCUUUUAAUUUGUCUUUCUAUUCAGUAUCAUUCCGGUGGUAGAUCAGACCAAAGUAUCAUUUAUAGACUUAUGAUGAAAGGAAAACAUGUAAUACAUGCUCCCAUACUAGUCAAACGUCUGAUGACCAAUUUCAUAGAUCAGCAAAAAAUGCCUCCAGGUUUUUCAGGAUCUGAUGGAAAUAGUAUGGUAUUAAAUUUGGCUUCCAAUAUUUGGUCAGUAUUGACUUUUAACAAAAAGUCCAACGAGGAAACUUCAGAUUCAGACGAAUAUUCGUACCAAGAAGCUCCGCUAGCGACCCAAAGUUUACUUUUACUUUUAGUUUUAGUUCAUCAUUGGACAACACUGUCUAAUCCUUACCGAAAUAGUUUAUUUACCUGUUUAGAUAGUCAAGAUACGAAUCCUGUACCACCAUCCAACGUAUCGUCCUUGUUUAAAAUAGAUUUUAAUUUGUUGUACUUAGCUCUUUGUAAGAAAGCCGCGGGAGAUGCGGCUACAUUGUUACUAUAUUUAUUAUUGCAUCGCAAUCAUUCAUUCAAAUCUUAUAUUCUUGUAAGGAGUGAUCUGGAUCUUCUGAUCGUUCCAAUACUGAAAAGCUUAUACAACGCACCAAAUAGUAAUUCCCAUCAUAUUUAUAUGUCAUUAAUAAUCCUACUUAUUUUAAGCGAAGACGAUAGCUUUAAUGAAAUCAUUCAUGACCUGAAAUUGAAAAACGUUCCAUGGUACGUAGAACGAGCUUUAACGGAUAUAUCUCUAGGUGGUCUACUGAUCAUAAUAGUAAUUCGAACUGUGCAGUACAAUAUGCUCAAAAUGAGGGACAAAUAUUUACACACCAACUGUCUCGCCGCACUAGCCAACAUGUCAGCUCAUUUUAGGAAUUUGCACCCUUACGUGAGUCAAAGACUGGUGUCCCUUUUUGAGACCUUAGCCAAAAAGUACAAUAGAUUGAUGUUGAGACUCAAGACUGACAAUUCUCAGAGAGACAAUAAAGUAACUGUAGAGCUUGACCACGAAUCUGACGAUGUAGAACAAGACGUUUCAGUUUUGGAAGAAGUGUUACGUAUGGUGUUAGAAAUUUUGAAUUCCUGUUUAUCGACACAACUCGGAAAUAAUCCCAAUUUGAUUUACACGAUGCUUUACAACAAAAGCAUGUUCGAAUCUUUCAAGGACAACGUCGUUUUCCACGAUAUAAUCCACAAUAUCGACAUAAUCCUGAAGUAUUUUUCACAGCUUUUGCAUGACAAGUCGCUAGAGCACGAAGUCGAUGCUCAUCAAGUCUUAUUGAUAAUCCAGCAAGGAGUUAGAGGUUGGCCAAAAGAAAGAUUAACGAAAUUCCCUGACCUCAAAUUUAAAUAUGUCGAAGAAGAUCAACCGGAAGACUUUUUCAUUCCUUACAUAUGGGCCCUGAUAGGUCAACAAUCAAUAUUACACUGGGUAACUGAUUCGUCACCUUCAAUUGUGGUAGUUUAAACUGUAUCUUUAACCUUAAGAAUCAGUUGUAAAUAUGUAUGUUUAGAAAUGAAAAUAAAGUUGUAAUGUAAUAUGUAUUUAUGUACAAAUUUGUAACAAAUAUUAAUAUAUUUUAU